CUCCGCCACCCGUUCCAUCUUCUUCAGCCCUAUAUACCCUUGCUUGCCUCUGGUUUUCGCAGCCAUAAUUCCUCUUCUACACGAUACUUCAUAAUGGGUUGGUUUUGGGCAGACACCGCACCCGCUGCACCUGCAGCACGUGUUGCGCCGCAUCCUAUGCCUCGAGGCAGCAUGGAGCCUCCACCAGAAUGUCCAAUGCACAAGAAACCUACAGCGCCCGUAGUCGCCGAAAAGAAGACACCGCAAGGCGCCUGCCCCUACGUCCCGCCUGAAAAUGCCUCUACCGGCGCAUCAGAGCCACCACCAAAGACCGGCUUACUCGCUCGUCUAAACCCUCUCAAUAACAUGUUCGCCGAACUCUCAAAUGAGCGAGCUGACACGCAAUCCGUAAACCUCCCUCUCGAGCGCGAAACCUCUACGAUUCCCAAAGGUGACGGUUCACUCUGGGAGUACCCCUCACCCCAGCAAAUGUACAACGCCAUGCUACGCAAAGGCUACACCGACACGGACAUCACAGCCGUUGAGUCCAUGGUUGGCGUACACAACUUUCUCAACGAGGGCGCCUGGGCGGAGAUCAUGGGCUGGGAGCGACGCUUCUCCCGCGGUCUAGCAGAAGGCUAUGAGAUUUGCAAAAAGGGCGAAGACGUCGCAAACUUUAUGCUCGGCACACACGACGACCCCUUUGACACAACAACCUGGGACCAAAAGGAUGUCCAACCCCCGAAACUCCUUCGUUUUACCGGUCGCCCUACGGAACCGACGCCGAAAUCUCAAAUACUGCAGUGGCUCGGUUACGUUAUGCCGGAAAAGUUUGGCACGGCGCCCCCGUUUGAUCGCCACGAUUGGUUCGUCGAACGCUGCAACGAGAAAGGGUGCAAGGAAAUUAGAUACGUGAUUGAUUACUACGAGGGUGAGCCCGAACCUACGGGCGAGCCAGUCUUCUUCCUCGACGUUAGGCCGGCAGUUGAUGGCCCAACAAGUGCGGCGGAGAGGUUGAUCAGAACGGGCACAGAUGUCUGGUGGAGGGCGUCCGGGGGUGUGGCGAGAGAGUUGAGGAAGUUGGAGGCAGCAAAGAAGCAGAAGGAAGAGGAGCUGGCUGCUAAGAGCAGGCAGUACAAUUAGGAUGACGGUAUCGGCACGUGUAUAUGAAGCAUUGCGCGGCGUUUGUUGGUUUGGGUUUCUGUAUAAUUGGUUUGUACGACAUACGGACUUUGUUGAUGAUUUGGGUGGGGGUUCACUUUUGUGGUUCUGUCGUUACACUGGUACAUUUCUCUACUCCAGAUUUUCUACUGUAGUUUUCCUUCACAGUAUUUAUUGAUGCGCAAACACGACAUGAAGCCUUGCUACCUAUGCACUCCAAUAAACGUCCUCUCACCCCGAUACAUAUGAAUGCUUCGACUGAAAUGAUCCUCAUCUUCUUCUUCCUCUUUAAUCCAAACACCAUCCACAAGUUUCGCUCUCACCAUCUUCUCCUCAC